AUGACGAUAACAUUAAUUUACUCAUCACCUGAAGUCAUUAGCCGUGAACAAGUUCAACAGCACACGCUUGAACCAGGGAUACUAUAUCCAAUUACCCAUCAUGUUCAAAAUAAUGUCAAUGUCAUAAUUUCACCAAAUAUUCAUAAUCCUAACAUCGGAAAAGGUUCUUUAUGGGUUACAGAAAGCAAAUUAUAUUUUUAUUCAUGGGAGACAAAUAAUGGAUUGGCGAUAGAUUAUCCAACUAUUAUAAUACAUGCAGUAUCAAGACAACAAGCUGUAGAUGACGGUAUAGGACCAUGUAUUUAUACACAAUUAAAUGAAAAAUCAAUAUCUUUUGGUGCCGUUAUGGCUAACGAUCAAACUUUAGAAAUGAGAUUUAUUCCUGACGACACUGGAGCUCAAUAUAUGGCAGCUUUACCGAGUGAUGAACAAGAACUUAGUGAACUUGGAAGAGCUUCGUUAGCAUACCUUGAUUCAAUUAUUACACAUCCGCAACAAUCAAAUAAUCAUCAACAUCAACAAUCAUCUUCAAAUCCAAAUAAUAGUGAUAAUAGUGAUAACAAAGAUGAAGAAAUGUUUCAAGAUGCUGAUGAAUAA